AAGCUGAAAGGUCUAUAUUUAGAGCUUCGGCUUCUGUGCGUUUGAAGCCUUUAUCUGUUUUUGCUCACCUAGCAGUGUGUAUGCUUUGAGUUCAUUAACCUCGAAGUUUGUAAGAGUCUCAAGACUGAGCUCAAUAAUUCAAGAUAUAACAGUCUAGAUUUGGGUACAUGUUGGCUUGAAUUUUGAUUUUCAAGAUACAAUUCGAGUCUACUAGUCUGUAAAUGCUGAGUGUUUCCUAGGGUUUUGGUUGCUUUGUUCAAAUCCCAUUUUGCCCCCUUUUCUUUGUGAACCCAACAUUGUACCGUUUAUGAUAAUGAAAUCUCAUCAACUAGAAAUGCUGCCAAACUCCUUUGUUGACUCUGAAUCUCAUAACCAAAAACCCAAUUCCAUCUUUCACAACUCUGCUGAUCUAUCAAGGGCAUCUAGGGUCAGUGGGAAGGAAACUAUGGUGGGAAAGCAAGAUAGGUCUAUUGGGGUUCUUGAGGUUUACAUACACCAAGCAAGAGACAUCAAAAACAUAUGUAUAUACCACAAUCAAGAUGUGUAUGCCAAGAUUUUCUUGACUAGUGACCCUGAAAAAACUGUUUCAACCCAGAUCAUUAAUGGUGGGGGUAAGAAUCCAGUCUUCAAUGAGAGCCUCCGGCUCGAUGUGAAGACGAUUGAUUCGUCACUGAAAUGUGAAAUAUGGAUGCUAAGUAGGAUUAGGAAUUACCUUGAGGAUCAGUUGUUGGGUUUUGCAUUGGUUCCUCUUUGUGAUGUUGUCAUUGGGAAUGGAAAGUCAGAUCAAGAAUUUUCACUCUCUACUACUGAUAUAUUCCAUUCUCAAGCUGGUUUUGUCCAAUUGAGUGUCACAUACAAUGGAUCUUCUCCGGAAGUCUUGGGAAUCCCUAGUUCGCUUGCUAGGCUAGAUUCAGAGGUACCCGUUUCAGUCCCAUGUGAACUUGAUAAGAUUGAAUUCCCAAAUCCAAAUAUUGAGAUUGAAAAUGAGAGGAUGGUUUCGGAGUAUUUUCGAGUCACUUGUGACAAUUUUGACUCCAAAAGCACAGAGUGCUUGGGCAAAAUCGAUGAUGAUAAACACCUUAGCUCAGAAGAUACAAGUGGUCAAAUAGCUGAUGGUACUUCAGUGGGUGGUCUUGGCAGUGGUGAAGUUUCUAAGCUUGAAACACCGCCAAGUAGUGUCUCAUUUGCACUGCCAAACAUUGAGCCUGAAAAAAAGAUGGUGCAGCAAGAGAUUGUCGAUAUGUACAUGAAAAGUAUGCAUGAAUUCACUGAGUCAUUGGCAAAGAUGAAGCUUCCUUUGGAAACUGGCAAUGGACGUGCUGAUGAUUUGGGAGAUACAGGCUCGGAUGAGAAAGUACCGGUAAUAACAAAGAGCAAUGGACAAAGAAACCCAAGAGUGUUUUAUGGGAGCAGAGCGUUCUUCUGAUCUGUUUUAUUGAUUCAAAAGACAGAGGUGACUUGCAUUGUAGCGAGUGAGUCGAGCGAGUGGUGAAGUGUCUUGACUCUGAAUGUGUAAGCAUGUUUUGUUUGUGUUUCAAACUUUAUUGCUAUUGAUUUUAGUUUUUUUUUACGGAAGUACUUUAUCAUUUUCUUUAGUUUCCAGAUUGUUUGUUUCCUCUUUUCCUGGCAAUGAAUACACUUGCAGAAGUCGCCAUUGAUUUA